UUGUCACGCCACAGAAUGCCAGUGCAAAGACAAGUUGCAAGAACGCUACUGCGAAUAAAUCUUCCUAUCAUGUGCGCGUUUCUGCAAACCCAUCGCGCCCGAUGUGCGCGAAGUAUAUCGGAAGAGUUCAGCAGCGGGGACGCAAGGUAUCGUGACAAUGGCGAGCCAGGGCCGGGUAGCACGCACGGUCGUGAUCCGCGUUCUCCAAAGGAGAAAGAAGAUAAAGAAAGAGGUGACGAAGAGAUGAUCAAGGUGUACGACGGCAACAAUUCUCUCAGACGGCGGAUAUUUCGCGUGAUCACCGUGCCACGGCAAGCUACCACCGAACAGGUCCUGACGUCGGCGCUUCGUGCAUUUCACAUUACAAAAGAUCCUAGCAACUUUUACCUCACUGACCUGUAUGCCACGGAUGAAAUUGAAUUAUGCGAUCCAACUCCGGUUCUAAACUUGAAUCGCAAAGAGGGCAAACGUCCGGCUGUCUUCUUACGGUUCAAGGAUAGCGAAAGCGGGGAGGUACGUGUCUAUCCGGGCAAACUACAGGUGUCAGAGUCAUUCUGUAUAGUACCUGUCACAGAAGCAACAACCGUUGCGGACUUGAUCGAGGAAGCGCUCCAGAAGUUCGGCUUGCAAAAUUUCACAUCGGAAGAUUACAGAUGCAGCGAGAUUCUUCUGGAUCGCGGCGUCACUGAGAGAGUUCUGGCUCGUGACGAGAAGCCAUGGGACAUCGUGAAGCAGCUGGGCAAAGACUCGAUCAGGCAAAUGGAGCUGAUGCGAUUCUACCUUCAGCUGAAGCAAGAUCCCCAUGGACCCAAUUUAGCUUUGUUCGUGGGCAAUCUGCCACCAAAUCUCUCCGAAAGGAGUUACGAAAACAUGUUGACCGAUUUCUUGGGCAAAGAAAAUAAAUUCUCCUUUAUUGGUCCAAUAUACUACGAGUAUGGCUCGAUGGUGAUCAUUUACGAGGACUCGAACAAGGCAGUCACGGCGUUGUAUACGUUGAGAGAAUCAAAAUACGAGGACAAACAUCUUUUAGUUAUGCUGUUACCAAGUAUCGAGCCAAGCAUGGUGCCUCCAGGUGUCCAACCUCUGCUCGUCUUCGUGAACGUGAAAUCCGGCGGUUGCCAGGGUCUACAAUUGAUCUCCAGCUUCCGGAAACUCUUGAACCCGUACCAAGUGUUCGAUCUCGACAACGGAGGCCCACUGCCUGGUCUCUACGUAUUCCGUCACAUAAAGGAUUACAAAAUCUUGGUUUGCGGCGGUGACGGAACGAUAGGAUGGGUGUUGCAAUGUUUGGACAACGUGGGACAGGACAGUGAAUGUUCCUCGCCUGCUUGCGCGAUCGUGCCCCUGGGAACAGGUAACGAUCUGGCGCGCGUUCUGUGCUGGGGUUCCGGUUACACCGGCGACGAAGAUCCUCUAAACCUACUGCGAGACGUAAUCGACGCGGAGGAGUCGUUGCUGGACAGGUGGACCGUGGUAUUUCACACGGAGGAGAAAGAAGACAAACAGUUGGCCACCAAUUCAGGAGGAGCGGGCGCGACCAGCGAAGACAAUACGCAAAUAUUCGUGAUGAACAACUACUUUGGCAUUGGCCUCGAUGCCGAUCUCUGUUUGGACUUUCACAACGCCAGGGAAGAAAAUCCGAACAAGUUCAAGAGCAGAUUGCGCAACAAAGGUGUGUACGUGACGAUGGGCUUGCGAAAAAUGGUGAAGCGGAAACCCUGCAAGGAUUUGCACAAGGAAAUUCGACUGGAAGUGGAUGGAAGAGUCGUUGAAUUACCUCAGGUCGAAGGGAUAAUUAUUUUAAAUAUUUUAAGUUGGGGUUCCGGGGCAAAUCCUUGGGGUCCAGAUACCAAGGAAGAUCAGUUUUAUACACCAAACCAUGGAGAUGGAAUGUUGGAGGUAGUCGGAGUCACGGGUGUGAUGCAUCUCGGACAAAUUCAAUCUGGUCUUCGUACAGCGAUGAGGAUAGCGCAGGGAGGACAUAUAAAGAUUCACUUGCACUCUGACAUACCGGUGCAAGUGGACGGAGAGCCGUGGGUCCAGAGUCCAGGAGACAUUGUCGUUCUGAAAUCAGCGCUGAAGGCCACGAUGCUGAAGAAGACCAAGGGUAAAAUGAAACGGCGUAACACAGAGUCCAGCAUGCAGCUGGCACUUCAGGCCGCGCCCUCGAACGAACCGGAGCCUGAAGUCUUCUGAGUGACCGAAAGUUGUUCCACGUGCAAGCGGAACGAGGAUGUUACACCACGUGUAUCACGUAUUUGCACGCGCGAGCGGCACGGUUCUAGCACGACACGCAACAAACGAAAUCGGCCUCGAAAUUCGUCUGUCUGAACCACGGUCACGCGCUGUAUGAACUUGUACGCAAGCACGAAAGGAAAACCAGGGAAGAGAAACACGCAACAUACACACGCACGCACGCACGCACGCGCGCGCGCACACACACACACACAGGUAAUCGUGAAUGAAACGAUUGUCCCCGUUUUUGAUCGCUUUGAAAAAAGAAAAAAAAAAAAAAAACGCAAGGGAGCUCCUCCAGGAACAGAACUAGAAAAAUAAAAAAAAAAAAAUAAAAAAAUGGAAAAACGCCAGACAAGCUGUGACGCUGUAACUGUUAAAAACCAAAGAAGGGAAGAAGAAUGAGAGGACAGAGAGCAGAAAGAAAGAAAGGACAAGAAGAAUAACCGAGGACAAAAAAAAAAAAAUGUUUCGUCUAAUGGACACUUCAUUAUAAACUCAAGUAAUCUUUAAUGUCCCUUUCCGAGUUGCUAGGAUGAAAUAACUAGAUCUCAUUUUUAAAUGUUAAAUAAUCAUUAUAUAGCAUUAUACGUAGCUUUGAUCGAUAUUUUUUUAGUAAAAGAGAAAAACGAGAAAAUAAAACAGAGAACGAGGAUGAAAAGAGAAUCGAGAGAGAGAGAGAGAGAGAGAGAACGAGAGAAAGAGAUAUCGUGUGUAUGUAAGAGAGCGUGAGAGAAAGAGAGAGUGAGAAAGGAAGCGAAUCAAAAAAUUAAAAAAAAAAAACUGAGUGAAAGAAAGAGUUACAUGCGAUAGACUAGUAAAAAAAAAAAAAAUCACGAGAUAACGUUACCAAGGAAAAGCAGCAGUAUUGAACGAAGUUUCUCGCUCCACCCCACCCCCUUCCUCCCCCUCCCCCCUCCCUUCGUUUAUUCGCUUGACAGCCAUACAUUGCGCAUUUACGUUGUAUAGUUGGUUAUUUAGUCCUGGAAAGCGAUACGAACGAAGUGAACCAUAAUUAUACGCGACAUUUCGUAUGGUAUUUUACUAAAUCACAGUAAGUAUCAUGAUACGAGUCCUGUAAUCACGAAUAUCGAACACACAUACAAGAUCAGUUGUUAUUAAUACAAUAUAUAUAUAUAUAUAUAAAAAAUAUAAAUAUAUAUAUAUAAAAUAUUUAUGAUUAAAAAUAUUAAUAUAUUUACAAACAAACAAACAAAAAAAAAAAAAAGAGUAAUGUAUUAGUAUUAUACGAUUUUAAGUUGUGAUAACUGUUGUGCGUCUGGCUGCUGGGCAGUCUGGAAUUUAUAAGAAGAAAAAAAAAAUGAAACAAAUACCAGUGGCAGUCAGUAAUUUCAUAGAGUAACGAGAAUAAUAAAUAAAGUAAAAAUAUUUAAAAGAGAAAAAAAAAAAAAAGGGAUGAACGAAAGAGGUAUGCAAGGGUGAAAGAGCGAGAGAAAAUGAGAGAGAGAGAGAAUAGUAUUCAAGAAGAAGAAGGGAGUGAAAGAGGAAAUGUAACGCGUUUGGAUUUACGGUUGAAAUGGCGUGGGCGGGACGUUUUUGCCAACUCGUCUCGGUUGGACACGACGAUGUGUCUCCACAGCGAUCGCUAUUCAAAUACACGAAUUUCAGGAAAUUCGUCUGAUACACACAUUAUGUUCGAAGACGACUUGGCAACGACGUUCUCCAUUUUCUGGUAUCGGCAAAAGCACUUUCCAGCACGAGGGGCAAAUGUAACCUUUUGCCGGAGCUAUUGGACAGAGGCAACCACAUUCCACUGAUACCGGAGUGGCUCGAGAGCAAGAACGGACACACACAUUGUACAUUUUUAAACAAUGCCAAAAAAGGAACGUUUCCAACGUGUGUUGACACCUUCAACCGUUUGGACACCUCUCGACACGCAGGGCCAGUUCUGAUUGGAAGGGAAGGUAGAGAAACGGAGAGGAUGGACGAGGCGGCUACCACCCCGAGUAGGAAGGUUGAGCUUUCCAGCAACGAUUCGUAUACGUAAAGAAAGUGAGGGGAAAAGAGGAAGAAAGUGGUUCUGAGGAGCGGCUGUUCGAUCGGCUACGGAGAGAGUGAACGGAAAACGCGUCAUCGCGGUUAUAUAUAACCGUCAAAGUCGUACGGAUCGUGUUCAUUGGCAUCAAUUCGAAUUUAAAAGACAAUUCCCCGGUGCCAAACAGUUGUAUAUAAUACUGUAAAUGUAGGAGUAAAAGAAGAAGAAGAAGAAGAAAAAAAGAAACAAAGAGAAAAAAGAAGUAAGAAACAAAGCAAACAAAUUGUUAUUCUGAGCGUCGCGUCGGAGAGAGAAGAUUGGAACCAGGUGCUGUUUGUUACAUGCAUAGACAUUUAAAAAAAGCGUAGAAGAAACGAUCGUCCCUCUUAGGAAUGGUUUUUUUUGGGGGAAAACGAAAAGAGAAAAUGGAAAAGAAAAAAAGAGAAAAGAACGAGAGAAUGAGGAAAAGAAACGUGUCGCGCGCGUUCCGAUCGAUCGAGAGAAAUACGAGUAUCCGAUCAACGAUUCGUUUCGCGCGCGAACCGUCACAGGAAGAAAAGAAUAGGGAAAAGAAAGGAAGAGAGCAGUGUGAAAACGUGUCAAAUGGAGAUAGAGGAAAAUGUGCGCGAGGUCAUUUAAUUUUUGCGUUUUACGAGACGAGACGCUUGUAGACAUACGCUCCUGUAUCUCUUCUAGCUACUUUGUAGAUUUCUCCCCCUCCCCCCGAGUGUCUUCUCAGUCACACGAGGUAUCCGAUCGCGCGGAAAAGAAAAAAAAAAAAAAAAAAAAGAAAAAAUGAAAAAAAAUACUUCGCCAAGAGCAGAAUGCAAAAUUUCCCUUCGAUCGGGAGGCCGGUCGCUUCCGGAUGAAGACUUCGGCCUCCCGCCUGUACGAAACGAGUCCCAAACAACCUGCCAAUGGUGUAUGGGCUCAGCCGAUCGUGCUUGACAUCCGGCGCCGGUGAGCGCGAUCGGCGCAUCGGCGGCAGAUUGGAAUCGCGACUUCGUUUGCUAAUCUGACCAAAAAAAAAAAAAAAAAAAAAAUAAUGCUCUAGUGUAUUCGCUGUUGCUAUAAACCAAAAAAGAAAAAAAAAAAGAGAAUAGAAGAAUCACAUUAAGCUAUGAACAAUCUACGUAUAAUGAAUGUAUGUGCUAUGGAAAACCAAAAAAAAAAAAAAAAGAAAAAAAAAUACGCUAGCUGUUACGACUGAAUUCGUUUCCUGUCCUGUUGACACACGUGUACACAUACAAUUACACGCAGGAUUCACAAGAAGUAUCUACACACGUGAGAAGAAAAUUCGAGUUUCGACACAUACAUAUAUUUUUCAUUUUCUUUCUCUUCUUUCUGUCUUUUUUUUUUUCUCUCUCUUUCUCGUUAUCCGAAAGCGAACUCAAAGCGAAUUACAAAACGACACAUACGCAGUCACACGCAGACGUACACGGAUACAAAACAACAACAGAGGAACCAUUCUUCGGUUUUCACCGGUUUUGCAUUGUAUUCGUAGAUUAUGUGUAGAUUCCCCGAAAAACGCGCGGUUCCCGUCAAAUUAUUUUCUAUCGAUCAGAGCGAAAGAGCGUAUUGUAAUCAUCACACGGGAUCGGAUGUGACACGUUUUAGGGAUUUGGUUUCUUUCGCCCCUUUACCCACGGGGGUAUAUGUCGUUUUUUUUCGUUUCCCGUUUUAUUUUUCCUCCCCCCCCCCCCCUCUCCCUCCCAGAUGUUCCAGGAUCGUACACACGCCUGUAUUAUCGUUGUAAGCCGAAAGGACACAUGUUGAUUGUGUGAUCGAAUAGAGAAAAAAAUUCGUUGUGUAAUUACAUUGUCGAUGUAUCACGCGCACACUGGUGUGGUAUACCGAGUUGACGAAGAGUUGUUGCCGAGUUUAACGAGCCUUCGUUUCCUCCUGAUUGUAUUGUUUCAGGCGUGCAGCUAAGCACGCGUUAACUGUACCCGCGGCGGGCGAGGUUUCUUUUUGUUUCAAUCAUGUCUUGGCGUGUAUUACGGAAAGAGUGGAAUAUUACAUAAAUUAAUGUACACAUUA